AUGGCCCCUCGCUGGUUUGGGAAAGUCGGAUCCAGCGUCAAAAGGCUGGUGCAACCUCCCCCACCACCAUCAGCAUCGACGCCGUCUACGCCUCAGUCUGGCUCUUCAACGGCAAUCCAAGCGGUAUCUCGGCCAGCCUCCCAUCUAUCCCCUGUGACUGAUUACACUAUCUGUUCCCUGCCGACUCUGCAAGAGAGGCUUUGGAACAAGGCUUAUGAUGAGCUUGCAUCGAGCGAGCCUAAGCUGGUCGAAGGAUAUGAGAAGAUUCUAUCAGCUGAACUAGACCGAAGCAGCUCGGCCCCUGUCACCACUCAACCGAUGGAAAAUAGGAUAGGGAGAUCCCGAGAGGCUAGGUCUCACCAAAUGCAGCAAUUGGUGCAGGAAGGACUGAAACGGACGGAGAAAGUCGCGUCUUUGAAGCGAGGCAUUGGCGAAGGCUCACAGGCAGUGGAAUCAGUGAAGGAAGUGGUGGCCAAGGCGGUCCAUGCUGCUCCUGGAGCUGCUAUAGCCUGGGCCGGCGUCUGCCUUGGACUAGAGAUCCUUUCGAACCCUAUCACUGAGGCACGUGACAAUCGCAAAGGCAUUACCUAUGUCCUGUCGAGAAUGGAGUGGUACUGGAACUUGGUGUCGCUGCUUCUCGACGAGAACAAGGAUGAGCAGUCCGUCGCAGGACUGCGAGCCCAACUGGAGAACCAUAUUGCUCAGCUCUAUGAGGAUCUUCUGGCCUACCAGAUGAAGAGCGUCUGCCUUUAUCACCGGAACUGGACCGCUGUCAUCGGAAGAGAUCUCCUGAAAAUCGAUGACUGGGCUGGUCAUCUCAGCGGGAUACACGAAGCCGAGCUUGCUGUGCAAAGAGAUAUGGAACAAUACAAUACUGAAGAGAGCAAGAUGCGACUUCGAAAACUCGUCGACUCUGCAAAGGCUAUCGAGACAAAUCUGCAAGACAUCCAUUCAGCGAUCCAGGACCAAACACGCCAACAAGACAAGCGACAUCGAGAUGACAAAGAUGAACAAUGCCUCAAAGAUCUGCGCGAAACUGACCCUCGUGAUGAUAAGACACGUAUCCAAAGCACCAAAGGUGGUCUACUGAGGGACUCUUACCGCUGGAUCCUACAACAUGAUGACUUUGAGAGAUGGCGUGACGAUUCGCAAGGCCAACUGCUCUGGAUCAAGGGCGACCCUGGCAAAGGCAAGACGAUGCUUCUAUGCGGGAUUAUCGAUGAAUUGGAGAAGGAUUCCGCCAAUUGUCUGUCCUAUUUCUUUUGCCAGGCUACUGAAGACCGAUUGAGUAAUGCGACAGCCGUACUUCGUGGGCUGAUCUACCUCCUUGCUCAACAACAGCCAUCGCUUAUCCCGCAUAUCCGCCAGAAAUACGACCACGCGGGGAAGCGACUUUUCGAGGAUCUGAAUGCAUGGGAAUCAUUGUCCAAGAUCUUGACCGCUAUCCUCAGUGAUCCAAGCUUAGAGGGUGCCAUCUUAAUCAUAGAUGCACUUGAUGAGUGUAAGACAAACCGACACCAGCUUCUUGAUUUAAUUGCACGGCCUAGUCGUGCCAAGUGGAUAGUCUCCAGUCGAAAUUGGCAGGAUAUCGAGGAAAGGCUGGAUAAUGCAGAGCAGAAAGUCGGGCUGAGCCUCGAGUUGAACAAAGCCUCAACUUCCAAGGCUGUCGAGACGUACAUUGGAUACAAGGUGGAACAAUUGGCCCGCGACAAGAAUUACGACGAAGAAACAAGACAAGCUGUUGAACGUCACUUAAUUUCAAAUGCUGACGGCACUUUCCUCUGGGUAGCCUUGGUCUAUCAAGAGCUCGCAGACCCUAAGGUCAGGAAACGACAUACACUGGGCAAGCUGCAGUCAUUCCCCCGGGGGCUUGAUUCGCUCUACCGCCAAAUGAUAGAGCAUGUGCGUGAUUCAGAAGAUGCUGAGCUUUGCAGAGAGGUCUUGGCAAUUGCUUCGGUAGUAUAUCGACCCGUCAUAUUGGAUAAAUUAAAAGCUCUGGCACAGUCGCUUGCAGGCAUGGACGAGGAUGAGAUCAGAGAAAUCAUCGGCGCCUGUGGUUCUUUCUUGACACUUCGCGAGGACAUCGUCUACUUUGUGCAUCAAUCUGCGAAAGAUUACCUGCUUAACAAGGCUUUUGGCUACAUUCUACCUUCCGGCACCGCGCAUCAGCAUCAUGCUAUCCUUUUGAACUCGCUGGAACGUCUAUCAGAAACUCUUCAACGAGAUAUUUAUGGGCUAGAGGCUCCAGGAGUUGAGAUCAACAAUAUGUCAACACCCGAUCCCGAUCCAUUGUCUGGGGUUCGGUAUUGUUGUCUAUACUGGGUUGAUCAUCUCGAUGAAUCAGAACACGACACAGAGGUGGAAAAUGAAGCCCUAAGCGAUGAGGGCGUGGUUCAUGAAUUCUUUAGAAAUAAGUAUCUUUAUUGGUUAGAGUCUCUCAGUCUCUUACACAGCAUGUCAGAAGGGGUUUUGGCAAUGGAGAAACUUGUGCGUUUAAUAGAAAACACUGGAUCAAUGAAACUAAAAUCGACGAUCCGGGAUGCUCGCCGCUUCAUUCUCUCCAACAAGCGAGUUAUAGAGAUGGCUCCAUUACAGACUUAUGUGUCAGCUCUCGUGUUUAGUCCUACCAAAAGCCUAGUCAGGGAGUUUUUCAAAAAGGAAGAGCCAGAUUGGAUCAAAUUAGUCCCAAACCCUGGAUCAGACUGGGACUCAUGCCUCCAAACGCUUGAGGGCCAUAACACAUGGGUGUGCUCCAUCGCCGUCUCGCCAGAUGGGCAGCAACUUGCCUCUGCCUCCGAUUCUAGUGAAGUCAAGGUCUGGAAUAUAGCAACGGGAGCAUGCGUACAGACCUUUGAGGAUCACAAUAAGUUGUGGGUAAACUCGGUCGCCUUCAUAGACGGCCAGAGACUCGCCUCUUGCUCUAGAGACAAAACAAUCAAGGUCUUGGAUAUAGCAACAGGGAUGUGUGUGCAAGCGAUUGAAGGACAUGGCGAUCCAGUGUUUUCGGUGGCCAUUUCAGAUGGCCAACACCUCGCCUCUGGCUCCAAAGACAAAGCAAUCAAGAUCUGGGACAUAGUAACAGGUGAAUGCCUGCAAACACUUGUCGGUCAUGAAGAGGGAGUGACCUCGGUGGCUUUCCUGAAUAGCCACAAGCUCGCCUCAGGCUCUCAAGAUCGAAUGAUCAAGAUUUGGGAUAUAAGGACAGGAUUAUGUGCACAAACGCUUGAAGGGCACAGCGAUUCAAUAUCGUCGGUGGCUGUCUUAGAUAGCUGGAGGCUCGCCUCGGGCUCAUUCGAUAAAGCCAUUAAAGUGUGGGAUCUAUCAACAGGCACAUGUCUACAAACACUGGAAGGUCACACUAAAUGGUUAAGCUCAGUGGCGUUCUCGGCGGAUAGUCAGCGCCUCGCAUCAGGUUCAGGGGAUGGUAUGGUCAAGGUCUGGGAUGUACUAACUGCAACAUGUAUUGAGACUCUUGGUGGCCAUGCUGAUGCCGUGACCUCCGUCGCCUUCCUGACGGAUAGCCAGAGGCUCGCCUCCUGCUCUCGCGAUGCUACACUUAAAAUAUGGGAUACAGGGACAGACCCAUCUGCGCAAAUUUCCAACCGUUAUGGCUCUUGGCAGACUUCAGCAGCGUUCUCAGCAGAUUUACGGUGGCUUGCUACGGGUUCGGAUGACAGCAGGGCGAGGAUCUGGGAUGUGACAACAGGUGAAUGCAUAAGGACAUUUGAAGGUCACCAUGAUUCAGUGUCUUGUGUGGCCAUCUCAUCAAAUAGUCGGCUGCUUGCCUCAGCUUCACGAGACAAGACGAUCAAGAUGUGGGAUGCAACAACAGGGGCGUGUUUUCAGACACUGGAAGGCCAUACAGGUUCAGUUGCAUCUGUAUCCAUCUCAACAGAUGGCCAGUGGCUUGCCUCCGGCUCGCAUGAUUGUACAGCUAGGGUCUGGAACGUGAAGACAGGCGAAUGUGUGCACACGCUCGAGGACCAUACUCGUCUGGUGAGCUCAGUAGCCUUCUCGCCAGAUGGCCAUCAGCUCAUCUCGGGUUCAUACGAUGCGACGGCUAGGGUUUGGGAGAUACCAACUGGCGUAUGCAUGAAGGUCCUUGAGGGGCAUACCUCCAGAUUGACUGCAGUAGCUUUCUCGGCGGAUAACCAGCACCUCGCCUCGUGCGCGCAUAAUAACCAAGUCAAGGUCUGGCAUGCAGCGACUGGAUCGUGUGUAUUGACCCUUAAGACCGACGGUUUUAUUGCCCAAGUUUCGUUCGACCCUAUGACAAACUCUCUCCUCUCUGCCAAUAUUGGAUUUCUAAGUUUGGAUCUGCCGGGUCUACCACCUUCGAUUGAAAAUGAGUCAACCACUGCUGCUACUCAACAAGCUAACCGCGUCGGCUAUGGAAUAAGUUACGAUGGUGAAUGGGUUUUGAAAGGUCGACAGGAGAAAUUGCUUUGGCUACCUACGAAGUAUCGCGCAUCUUCAUCGGCUGUGACAAGGUCAACAAUAGGUCUUGGCUGCGGCUCAGGUCGUGUACUUUUCCUAAAGUUCUCUUAG